GGUUAUUCACCUUGGAAAGAAACACAUAGCAAGAAGAGAGUCAGACUCACAAUUGAAUGAAAACUAUCAUUGAAUAAGCAGCAGCAACAAUGUGUAGUCAACAACUUUAUCCCUUCUUCAGCACUCUUCUUUUGGGCCUCUCUUUAAGACUCUCCACUGCCAUUGUACUGCCAUUCACAGAGUACCUUGAUUCUGCCCAAGCGGUAUCUGUCAGCUGGGGAUUUGACAACAAUGGGGGGCCAAUAACUUUUGAACUUACCGUCAACACUUCUGGCUGGAUUGGCUUUGGAUUCAGCCCUAAUGGAGGAAUGGCAGGGUCUGAUAUGAUUAUUGGGGGCAUAUUUCCCAAUGGCACUCAGUACUUCACAGAUAGGCAUGCAACUGGUAAUACUGAGCCUCUGGUGGACAAUAAACAGGACUAUACCUUAUUGUCGUGGGCUGGAAAUGGAAACAGUACAACCCUGAGGUUCAAACGUGAGCUUCAAACAUGCGAUAGUGAUGACCUCCCCAUCACAGACUCACCAAUAUUUGUCAUUUUUGCAUAUGGACUGGAUGAUGUCAUCAAAUUUCAUGAAAGUCGGCAAGGUGGAAAGUCAAUCAACUUGUUAAAGUAUACCCCAAAAUUGCAAGCAACACUAGACAAAUACUUUGACUUCAAAGCUGAAAAUUUCACAGUUCCUGCAAAGGCUACAUUUUAUUACUGCAUGGUACUCAAAGGCCCAUCUUUUUCCGAAAAGAAUCAUGUCAUUCGGAUUGAACCUCUGAUCCAGGCAGGCAAUGAAGAUGUUGUUCAUCACAUGGUGCUCUAUGCGUGCCCCGUAGGCUUCACAACAGUCAUGAAUGGCUCGUGUUAUUCCAACACCUCUGUACCAUUUUACAAAUGUAUGACUGUUGUAGCAGCUUGGGCUGUUGGAGGAGGAGUCAUCAAUUUUCCUUCAAAUGCAGGCAUCUCUUUUGGUACAAGUGAAGAUCCUGUGUACUACCGCUUAGAGAUGCAUUACAAUAACCCUACGCUGACAUCAGGUCGAGUAGACAACUCAGGAUUGCGAUUUUACCACACCAAUGUGCUUCGUCAGUAUGAUAUUGGGACGCUGCAAGCUGGAAUUAGAGUUGAUUCCUUUUUCGUCAUCCCUCCGGGUGCAUCCUCAUUUAAAGCAUAUGGGCUGUGCAACACAAGUGGUUUCGCUUCACUUCUUCCUGAAUCUAGUCUGGAAAUAAAUGUCUUUGGAAAUUUGCUGCACACUCAUCUUGCUGGGAGGGCUGUCAGGGUUGGUCAUUUCAGAGGUGGCAAACAGAUUGGCUUUCUUGGAGAAAAUAAUAAUUAUGACUUUAAUCUCCAAGAUGUCAACUAUCUGGGAGAUAUCGUACCCGUCAAAGUGGGAGAUGAAAUUUUAGUCGAAUGCACCUACAACACUGAAAAUCGGGACAAAUUAACUUUGACAGGAUUGGGGACCACAAAUGAAAUGUGUUUGGCAUUUUUAUUAUAUUAUCCUAGGAGAAGUAUUAGCAUAUGCCAAAGUGCACUAAACGAAGCCAGUCUGCUGUCUUCUCUGGGUGCUCCAAAUGUUACAUUUGCUUUCCAAUCACUUAUUUCUAAAAUAUGGAACAAGACGGAUAUAGAUGAUUUUCAGACUUUACUGCAGCAAACACCUCAGACGGUCUCGGUGUUCAACUUCAGUCUGGGAAAUAACAACCAAGUCAGAAUGCUCCCUAAGUUACAGCCAAAAUAUGUGACUGUCUGCAGAGAAAUGCCAUACACUACACCACCUGCAAGCAAUGUUGGACAUGUCUUCCAAGCCAUAACAUCCUGGAUACUGUUAAUGCCUUUGCUAACAUUCUCCAUGUGAACUUUCACAUUUUACUUCACAGCUGCUAGAGUUUGUGGAAGGAAAAACUAUUUCUCUUUUUUAGUAUUAGAUAGGAAGAGACUUAGGAAUAGUUCUUUUUUUAAAAUAAAUGUUUCUUCUUUAGCAUUACAA